GAACGAGGUUGUAGUGCAUCAAGAAACCAUGGCCUCAGGGAUGACCUGCUUCGUCCGACUUGAACGCAUGCAUGUGGAUAUGGAACUCCGUACAUACAGGAUUGGUGACAACCUUUAUGAGUUCUUGCAUUUCCCGAGCUGCGAAGACAGUACAGGAAAGGAAAAAACAAAGAAUCAAGCUCAACUUAAAAACAAAAUCAACAUAACAGAAGAAUCUAUAAAGACUGAAAUUGCACUUGAUCAUCAGAAAAACAAAACCAAGAUAACAGAAUCUAUAAAGAUUGAAAUGCCACUUGAUCUUACAGAGAUGCUAUAUCAAUGUGCCUAUUGUACAUACUCCAGCAACCAAAAGGCACAUUUACACCUUCAUCAAAGUAAACAUACUAUCGAAAAUGUCGACCAGAAGGCAUAUUUACAUGUUGAUCAAAGUAAACAUAGUGUCGAAAAUGUCGACCAGAAGGCAUAUUUACAAAGUAAACAUACUGUCGAAAAGCCUCACAAAUGCUCCUAUUGUAGCUAUACUGCCUGUAUUAAAAGCCUUAUAAAAAUACACGAGAGGAUACACACUGGUGAAAAACCCUACAAGUGUAAGUAUUGCAGUUACGCUAGUGCCACAAGCAAAGUACUAAGAAUACACGAAAGAAUACACACUGGCGAAAAGCCUUAUCAGUGCCAAUACUGUACUUACGCCAGUGCCAAGAAAUGUGCACUAAAUCUCCACGUAAGAACACACACAGGUGAAAAGCCUUACGAGUGUAAAUACUGCGGCUACAGAGUUUCCAAUAAAAGUCAUAUGACAACCCAUGAAAGAAUACACACUGGUGAAAAGCCAUACAAAUGUAACUACUGUAGCUACGCGAGCGCCCAUAAAAGCGAUGUAAAUGUUCAUGAACGGAUUCACACUGGCGUGAAACCAUACACGUGUAAAUACUGUGAUUACGCUAGUUAUCUAAAAAGUACUAUAAAAGUCCACGAAAGAAAACAUACCGGUGAAAAGCCAUACAAAUGUACUUACUGUAGUUACACUAGUGCCCAAAAAGGGCAUUUAAAGGCACAUGAAACGACACAUACUGGUAUAAAACCCUACAUAUGUGAGCAAUGUAAUUUUGGUAGUAUGUUUAAAAGCAGUUUACUAGAACACAAAAAGGGUCACAUGCACCAACCACAAUUGACGGAAACUGGCCCCCUUUUGCAAGUGCCCGGUGACUAUAUAGAUGUAAUAAGCGGCAACUAAGAUAAUGAAGGCACUAAUACUAUAUAUAAUAUAGGUAGGAUAGAAUAGAAUAAAACUUUAUUUUAUAUAAGUAAAUUAAGCGAUCGCUUCUUAGCGAUAAGACCGCCUGUUGUUACCUAGCUUUCAACUGUAUUUCCAAUAAUAGUUAUUUACGAUACAAGUGCGGAAAAGAGGAAACGAGCGGCGAUAAAUUGAAACACGACCGAUGUACAACGUUUUACAGUACAUAUGGCCCUUUAAAUUUUUGACAUAGGCACGUAUUGUACUUAAUCCCGCCCUAGCGCGGUAAAGUAGUACCAUAUGUACUGUAAAUAAUAUUUACUUAAGUUACAGAAUUAUGACCCGCCAAGUGCAACAGUAUUAUUUUGUAUGAAAUCGAGAUAGCUGCAAACCUUAUAUUGUCAAACAUGGCACUCAGUCUACCAAUUCUUUACCAUUUUAGUAUUAGACAUGUAUGUCAGAAAAAAAAUAGAUGAGAGAAAAUUAGUUCAGAGCAGGGCUUGGAACCGUUUUUAUAAAAUCCCAAAAUAGCCCAAUAUUUUUAAUAAUUGUACGCUCUUGCCUUGGUUCAGAGGGCUACCAAAUAAACGACAAACAUAUAAACUAGAACUGCUUACGCCAAUAUUAGAAAUAUAUCUACUGAGAAAUAUUAUAUUCAAAUCCCGAUUUUUAUAAAGAUUUUA